CCCGUCUCCUUUUCCCUGACUCGUCGCUCGUAGUCGUAGGCCACUGCAAUUCACCCCACCCGGCGGAAUUGUAAACCCUAGCUAAUCCGAUGCCAGUGGCGACGAUGCCGGUGGCCGUGGCGGCUGCGAAGCCCGCUCCGCCCCUUCGGUCGGGAUAUCGCCGGAUCUGUACCUCCUGCAACGGAGCGCCUAAGAAAAGAGAGAGAGAGAGCAGCCCCACAGCCGGCCUGCCACUCCACGAACGCACCCCAGCCACCAAGGUUUAAAGUCCAAGCCCACACUUCCUGCGCGCACCGCACAACGCCGUCGGCCGUACCUACCACCGCCGUUCACCCGCUCCUUCUGCCAUGUCCGCCAACUGCGGCUCCUCAGCCGGCUGCCACCGCCCCCUCGCCUCUCGGUCAAUCGGAGCGGAGAUCCACCUGGACAUGAAUUGAUUUCCUCUUCUGGGAGUUCGAUUCGAUUUGCUCUUCCUUUGUUCCACUGUGUAUCUUCUCAAAGAAUGUGGAGGAUGAAGAUAGACUCAGCAUAUUGAUUGAUGAUCUUUUACUGUCUAUCUUGGGAAGAGUUGACAUAACUACGACUGUAAGGACAAGUGUGUUGUCAAUGCGGUGGAAACAUCUGCCAUGGUUGCUCCGUGGGCUCACAAUUGAUGUCAAGGAUUUCCUACCUGCCCCGCAACCAAAUCCCAUUGAGGAUGAACACAUGGAUGAAGCAAUGUCAUCGCUUAAUAAAGCGAUCAGGUGCUUCUUGGCUACCCCUCGGAGUGAGGGUGCCAUUACAAGAUUGCAACUUAACAUCUACUUGAUCAAUAACUACGCAUUUGACAUUGGCCCUCUAGUUAGUGAAGCAAUUGACAUUGGGAUCUUGAAAGAUUUGAACCUUGCUAUUUUUGACGAAACGGAAAUUCCAGACUGCACGAAUGAGCAUAUGCUACAGCAAGCUGGUGUUGUGAAAGAAUUUUUUAGUGAUUAUCCUAGUGUAUUUCAUUGCCUCACAAGGCUAUCUCUAUACAACUUGUGCUUUGCUAAAUGGGACAUCAAUCAUCACCUAUUUGACUGCUGCCUGCAACUACAACAUCUAUAUCUCUCAAAUUGUGAUGCAGGGGGGCGCAGGGCAUGUAAGAUAGAUGCACCAGACGUAAAACUCAGUGUUCUUCAACUCAACUUUUGCAUGUUGGGAAGACUUGAGAUAGUUUGCCUGCCAAAACUGGAGCGUCUUGAGUGGGAUACAUGGCUUUGUCCCUAUGCUCCCCUGUCAUUUGGUGUUGUUCCGUCCCUGAAGGAAUUAUGCCUCAUAUGCCCUGCAUCAGAUGAUGUUCAAGGAUUUGUGUUAAGUGAAGUUAUAAGUGAUACUACAAGCAUACAUACUAUGAAAUUAGAUUUCCAAGGAGAAAAGCUUUGGAUGCAACCGGAAGGAAAACAACGUUGCACUGCAUUCAACACGCUUAGGAAGCUAUCUGUACAUGGCAUUUUCGUCAAAUUCAAUCUACUAUGGAUGAGAAUCCUCCUUGAAGCUGCACCAUUCCUUGAGAUGUUUGAUAUUGAGAUACGGGAACAUCCAUGCCAGAUCAACAGUUCAAGGCUAGGUUUUGGGGAGAGGACGAAUCCCUCAUGGAAGGUGUCAGAAAUCACAAGCCGCAAAAACUUCUUUAUGAAGGAGCUACAGAUUAUCGGCUUCAAGCCACUGGAACAACAGAUAGAUUUUGUAAAAGCUGUGAUGCAACAAGCUCCUAACUUGGACACAGUUCUUCUGAAAUAUGAUGACCCUUGUGAGGACUGCGAGAAAAUGGGUAUUUUCCCGCCUCGCCCUUCUACAGGGCUCGUGUUUCCAGUGAGUAAGGAUGAACGAGACAUUGUUGUCAAUCUGCUCAAGGAUGGAGUGUCCUCCCAUGCCCGAAUAAUCUUCGGUAAUUAGAAUGUGCAAUGCCAGAGUCUGGAGCGUGUUUAAGAUCUUUUUGUGCCCACCGGAAAAUAAAUUCUUAUUUAUAGUCAACGUGACUGACUUAAAUUACUGUUGGGCUCUUGUAACAGGAAGUAGUCUGUUGUAACAGGAAAAUAAAUUCCUAUCAUCUUUGUUGGAGGUUGUCAGUCAUUCAAGAAAUGCACUUUUAUCCUUAUUAUAUAAUAAAAGUAGGCAAAAUGUUAAUUUA